AUGUCGGGCGAGCGUCGCGCGUCCCGCUGGUACUUCGGGGGCCUGGCCUCCUGCGGCGCCGCCUGCUGCACGCACCCGCUCGACCUGCUCAAGGUCCACCUGCAGACGCAGCAGGAGGUGAAGCUGCAGAUGACGGGCAUGGCGCUCAAGGUGAUCCGGACCGACGGCUUCCUGGCGCUCUACAAUGGACUCAGCGCUUCCCUGUGCCGCCAGAUGACGUACUCCCUGACCCGCUUCGCCAUCUACGAGUCGGCCCGCGACCACCUGGCCGGGGGCAGCCGCGGCCCCCCGCCCUUCUACCAGAAGGUGCUGCUCGGAGCCUUCGGAGGUUUCACCGGCGGAUUGGUGGGGACCCCCGCAGACAUGGUCAACGUCAGGAUGCAGAACGACGUGAAGCUGCCGGCCAACCGCAGGCGGAACUACUCCCACGCCCUCAAUGGCUUGUACCGCGUGGCACGUGAAGAAGGCUUGAAGAAGUUGUUCUCUGGUGCCACGAUGGCGUCAAGCCGUGGAGCCCUCGUCACGGUCGGGCAGCUCUCCUGUUACGAUCAGGCCAAGCAGCUGGUCCUCACCACGGGACUUCUCUCCGACAACAUCUUCACCCACUUCCUCGCCAGCUUCAUUGCCGGCGGGUGUGCCACCUUCCUGUGCCAGCCUCUGGACGUGCUCAAGACCCGCCUGAUGAGUUCCCAGGGAGAGUAUAAGGGCGUCGUUCACUGUGCCGUGGAGACGGCUAAACUCGGUCCAUUGGCCUUCUACAAGGGCUUCUUCCCGGCCGCCAUCCGCCUGGUGCCGCACACCGUCCUCACCUUCGUCUUCCUGGAACAACUCCGCAAAUAUUUUGGGAUCAAAAUUCCGGCCUGAUCCCGGGCCCCGCAGGGUGACGCCCCCUCCCCGCCGAAGCCGCCCCCGCCCCCAGCCUGGUCUGGGGUCCUUCCAAAGAGGCCGAGGAAGGGAGAGAGGCCGGGACGGUGGUUUCACCUUCCCGAUCCCCUUUUCCGGAAUCGCCCCGGCCUGGAUCUUCCCGUGACUUUCCAGCGACAAAAGUCGUCAUCCUUCCUCACCUCUUCCCCCCGCCGGCUUGAUCCGCCUUAAGCGAACGAGGCCGCGACCCGACCCCGUGAAAGAGGGAAGGGGAGGGCGGCCGCCCAGAGGGUCUCAAGUCGAUCAGAGAGGGCUUCGUCCAAGUUCCCUUCGCUCCCGUCGGAGGGGAGGGAUUUCCGUGUUUCCAGUAGCUCCCUCGCGUUGGGGGGCUACUGGGGGUGCGGGGCGAAGAGGCCGGGCCCGAGGCCUACCCUCCGGCCAAACUUCCUUUCACACUUCACCUUCCCUCCUCGAAGCACUUUAAAAACGAUAACCGUUGGAGAGUCGGGGCGAGUGGAAGGGGGUGAGGAAGAGAAGCGCGCCCCUCUCCCCGACCUCUCUCUAUGGGGGGAGACCCCGUUUUGAGAAUCCCCCUCCCGCAGACCCCAACUCCAUCAUCUCAGAUUCCCCCGCACCCCUCCACCCUCCCUUCUCCCCGUCCACAGCCGGAGCGUGGCGAUGUCUUAAGCCGAGGGUGGGCGCGGGGGGUCUUCGGAAGGAAAAGAAAGUGGAUUUUAGAGGUGACCCUUCUCACCCCCGAGAGGUGAGAAGCGAGGCGAUCCCGUUCCGCUUUGUCUUCGACCCCGGGGCUUCCCCGCUCCAAACCCCGGCCUCUGGGAGUUGGCAAGGCCGGUCAGUCUCCCCCCCUUCGAGGGCAUUUCUUCCCCACCCGGGCCAUCCCUCCAGUACCGCUCCAUCUCGCUUCUAAGAUCAAAAAAGCAGUCGCAAAUUUUCCCGGCCACCUGAAGGUCGCCGCUUCUCUUCAGGGAUUCCGACCGCUGCUUCCUCCUCUUCUUCCCCGCUUGGCGUUCUGUCCUGCGGGGCCUAAGAAAGGUCUCGCACCCCCCUCACCCCCAAUUUCCACAGAUAUAGGAUCAAUCGGGCAGCAAGGGUGACGGAUCUGGAGCCAAAGCAUCACGUCUCUUUAGCUACUCCCUUGGAAGGGGGUUCAACUCUAGCCCUGACCCCUUAAGGGUGACGUGAGGCCCGUUCCUGUCCCCAGGUGCCCCCAUUCCAUGCUCCUCCGCUUUCCCGCCUCCCAUCCCGUGUCCCACGUGCGCUGUGAAAUCCUCCCCUCGGGCAUUAUGGGGCCCAAAGGAAUUUGGAUCCGGGCGGCCCGUUUGUGAUUCCGAGAAACGAGAAUAAAUCAGCAGGAAGAGCG